CUAAUCCGGUUCGUAUUCUCUUCAUCUCUUCCUCCUCUCAUUGGGCUCCCUCCAAUUCCACCUCUUAUAUUCCUCCUGGACCUCCGAGUCUACAUCACAAAACUGGCUUGGGUGCUCAGCCUAAAACAUUGACUCCCAAACUCAACAUACGGUAGUUCCGUGAUCAUCUGGGCCCAUGGCUUUAUGGACGGUAUGCCCCAUUCGAGCACCAGCUUGGUUCAUAUAAAGACAGGCUUUUACUGGUCACGUCGAACAACAACAUGAAUGAGAACUAUUUCUUGCGGGAUCAUAACACCGCUGGGUCGGAGUGGGAGCGACUGGAUGAAUUGCACAAUGGAGAUUAUCGACAUUGGUGCAGGAUCCGGUGCAUGGGUUAUCCAAGCUGCUGAAAUGUUCUCCGAUGCUCAGGUAUUGACUGCGGACAUCAGUCCACUACCACCUCGUCCCUUUCCUCCGAAUGUAAGCUACGAAGAGUUGGACAUCAUGAAUCCGCUGGCAGCCAUAGACGUAGCAGAAAGUUUUGACGUCGUCCAUAUUCGAUUUGUAUUCUACCAUAUACCAAAGGGGCAUAUCAAAGCUGGACUGAAGAAUGCAACGCGGGUUCUGAAACCGGACGGAUGGCUUCUGAUUGAAGAAUUUGGACAACGCGUUGGACAGGAAGCGAGCAAGGGACCUACGGCUACGGUUGAAGAGGUGUACAUAGGUAUGCUUCGAUCGAAAGGGAUGGAUCCUAUUAUCGGAGAACAUCUUGAAGAGCACAUGCGGGAGCUAGAUUGCUAUAGCGAAAUGAAUUCUAAGUGUGUGCGGCUUACGGUUACAACUGAUGAAGAGAGAGCAGGUAUUUGUGUAGCUUAUUUCGUUUGUGAGUUUCUAUUUCUCCGGAGCAACACCGGGAAUGGGAUCGCUUUCGAACGCAGUAAGAGCUACGUUCGAGAAGAUCACGACGGGUAAUAUCGGGGAAGAUUUGAAGGAAGCGGGAUUGGCAGGAGAGCUGCAGAAGACGUCGGGAAAGGAACGUCGUGAUCCAGCAUUUCAUAGUACGUGUGAAUUUUGGUUCGUUUGGUCGCGAAAGAAGAUGUAGAGCAUAAUUUUAUGACACUAUACUGAGAAAAUUCUGCGGCAGACAUAGUUUUCCGCUC